CCGACGACACAAGCCAGAGACAACAACAACAUGCAUCGACGACGACAAGGUCUUUCUCCUAGCUUCACAUCUCCGAUCCAUUGCGGUUGCUGUCGCCAAUAGUCACAGAAUUCUCGCGACCGUAUUUUGCCGAUUUUCAGUCGCACAAUCCAAUUCCUCGCUACGCGUGCGUCUUUCACAUUCCGUCUUGCGCCCAGCAAAACAGUCCGUCGCUCUUGUGACUGGCAAUUGAUCACACACCACCAUCCGCGACCAUCCAGACCGAACACUCGAGUUCACAACCACUCAAGACAAACUCGCCAUGGCAUCUUCACAGCGCACGAUACAAUACACCAUCCCCGGGAGGGAAGACUUUAACAAACUGUCCGACGAGCAGAAAACGCGAGUUGGCGAAGCUUUCGACCUCUUCGACUCCAACAAAGACGGCCUCCUCUCCUACGAAGAAUUUCGCUUCGUCCUGCGCGCCCUCGGCUUCGAGCUGCCCAAGGCGCAGACUUUCGACUUGUUGAUUCGCCACGGCCAAAAGCCCGCCAACUGGCCGCUUGACCAGGAGUGUCCGCCCGUCUACCGGCUCUUCAACCUACCGACGGCGCAGGCGAUCGCGGGAACGCUGAUCCGGCAGCGCGACCCCAAGGAGGAGCUCCGUCGCGCGUUCAGGCUGUUCGAUAUAGAUGGCAAAGGCAUGAUCACGCAGGACGAUCUGAGGAGGGUGAGCAAGCAGGUGGGGAAUAACAUACCGGAUGCUGAUAUCACGGCCAUGAUUGAAGAGUUUGAUGCGAGUGGGAAGGGGGGAGUGGAUGAGGAUGAGUUUUUGAGGUUGAUGAUGAGUAAGAAAUGAAGCGGGCAAAGAAGAAGGAUAAAAGAAGACGAAAGAGAUGGUGCUUUUUUGCAGAUAAAAGUCAUGUGGAAUGGUUAGAUGAUACCCGAAUGGAGGCAUGAUGGACAAUGAAUAUUUUUGUUUGGUUCUUCUUUG